AUGUGAAUGGACACAUUGAAACAUUAUUGCGGAAUAUUUGGAUCACUUUCAACAAAUGAUUAUCAUGAUGAAAUAGAUAUAGCGCAUAUUAUAUAUUUAGGGUUAGUUUCUUUACAACAUAGAGGGCAGGAAUGUGCUGGAAUUGUAACAUCUUUUGGUGGAAGUAAUGACAUGAAAGUUUUAAAAAUUAAGGGCCUUGUUUCUCAUACAAUUACCUCCGAGAAUUUGACUGGGUUAAAUGGACAUUAUGGUAUUGGCCAUACUAGAUACUCUACACAAGCUGGUACAGAUAUGAUAAAUUGUCAACCUUUUGUGGUUCAUACAACAUGUGGACAAAUUGCUAUAGCCCACAAUGGGGAGUUGAUGAAUGCUAAAAAAUUGCGCAAAAAAAUACAAGUUAGAGGUGUUGGCUUAUCAACAUCAUCUGACAGUGAAUUAAUUGCUCAACUUCUUUCCACACCAAUGUGUUCUGAAGAAAGUUACUCAGAUCCAGAUUGGAAACAUCGAAUAAUUAAUUUUAUGAAGGAAAGUUUAAUUAGUUAUUCCCUUCUAUUAUUACACGAACAUUCUAUAUGGGCAGUAAGGGAUCCUUUUGGUAAUAGGCCUUUAUGCAUUGGAAAAAUUGACGAUGAAUUAGAUGCAAAUAAGAAUGAUAUUUCAAAGCAUAAACCAUUAAGUUGGGUAAUAGCAUCCGAAUCAUGCUCCUUUGGGCCUAUUGGCGCAAAGUAUUAUCGUGAAGUUGAACCUGGGGAAAUAGUUAAAAUCACAAGAACAGGAGUGCAAUCUGUAUAUAUAAUGAACGCUAUAAAUAAUCCUGAUCUCAAUAUUUAUCCCGCUUUUUGUUUAUUUGAGUAUAUAUAUUUUGCUAGAUCUGAUUCUCUUUUUGAAGGUCAACUAAUAUAUUCUGUAAGGUAUAAAUGUGGACAGGAAUUGGCCAAGGAAUGGCCUGUUUUACAUGCUGAUCUUAUUAGCACAGUUCCUGAUUCAGCCACUCCUGCUGCUCUAGGCUUUGCACAAGAAAGCGGUGUGCCCUACUUGGAAGUUCUUACGAAAAAUCCUUACAUCGGUCGGACUUUUAUACAACCCUCUACUCGUUUGAGAAAAUUGAGCGUGUCCAAAAAAUUUGGCGUUCUAUCAGAUAAUAUCAAGAACAAACGCAUAGUACUCAUAGAUGAUUCUAUCGUCAGGGGCACGACUAUACAACCCAUCAUUAAAUUGCUCAAAGAUAAUGGCGCCAAGGAGGUUCAUAUACGGGUUUCUUCUCCUCCAGUCAAACAUCCUUGCUUCAUGGGCAUCAACAUUCCGACGUCGCAAGAAUUGAUCGCCAAUAAAUACACUGUGCCUGAAAUGGCCGCCGUUUUUGGGGCCGAUAGCAUAGCUUACCUUUCUCUCCAGGGCCUUAAAUCCUCCGUCAGCAAGAAUAUCAACAAGAAUGGAAUCAAACCCAAAACAGGAUAUUGUGGUGCUUGCUUUACCGGUGAUUACCCCGUGCCUUUAGAAUGGUGAACACAAAGAUCACUUUUUAAUAUAUUUGUUUACUUUCUUUAUAAGAAACACAUAUAUAUGUUUUGAAGUUAUAGUCAUUUAUGUUGUUAUAUUGAAAUACAAAAAAUUCAUUUCAGGUUUUAAAUAAUAAAGAAAUAUAAUUUUUU